AUGAUCUCUAUAGAUGGAAAGGAAGAGUGGUCAGCGCAUGAAAGAUUCAAAGCUGAAAAUUUCUGGGCAUGGUUAGCUGCAAGGACUUACAAACUCAAACUCCAUAAGGAGAUGUGUAACGUACACGAAGCUCGAUACGAAAGCUAUUCCCAUCUUCUACAUCAAUGGCGCAAUUGUAAAAUCCGUCGCCCUUAUCAGGAUGAAACAAAUUACGACCGUGAUCGUGAUAGCAAGAUCUUUGAUGAGUUAAACUUUUAUGGAAUCGAGCAAAAAGAAUGGGAGUUCAGUAAAAGCAAAUCUAAACUCUCGGGUCUAGUGAAAGAAUUGCUGCGUGAUAGACAAUCAGAACUUGAGAAAAAACGAGCAAAAAUCCUCACCAAAGCGAGAAGUGCGAUGCGUAAAGCGGUUUGUGAAGUUAAUGCUGGUGAUGGCUACAGUAAUUCCCUUAAACGUGUCGAUGACCUGCUAAAACUAAAUGGAACUUCACGAGAAGCAUGGUUGGGGAAGCUUUUAUUUGAAUUACCUGCUUUAGCGCUUCUUGAUACAUUCCGCCACUACUUACAGCCUACAGCUUCGGAGUUAGAAAAAGGCGAUCGACAGGCCCAAGAAGCUCUUGAUAAAUUAGAUAAACAGCGUAAAGAAUUCCUAGCAACAAUUUCAGUAAAACCUGCUAAAUCGCCGAGUAACUGCCGGUAUAAUCUAUACGAGCGUAUAAAUGACUAUCUUAAAAACGCAACCGGUAAAGACAGGGAACGUCGAGCGUUGAGAAACCAAUGGGAGAAAGCGAAAUAUGACUAUAGCACUUUGGAAGGUGUUUGA